CGCAAGACGCUCGCACACACACAGACACACACCCCCCAGCCUCAUCAUGAAAGGACCAGCGGCAGGUGGAGGACCCUGUUCCGAGCUCAGAAUAACGCCAGGCACUACAUCGAGAACCACACAAGCCUUUUUUCUGUUCACUGCAACAUCCCGAUCGCGCUUGGAUUAUAACUAUGACUCUGGAAGAGAUCCGCGGACAAGACAACACAAUGGAAAACGCAGAUAGGGUGCAAAGUGCAGGCGCAGCCUUGGAAGAGCUGCUGGUCGCUGCUAAGAAGCAGGACUACCUGACAGUUGGAGUUUAUGAAUCUGCAAAAGUCAUGAAUGUUGACCCAGACAGCGUGGCAUUCUGCGUCCUCGCCACCGACGAGGAGUACGAGUGUGACAUUGCUCUCCAGAUCCACUUCACCCUCAUCCAGGCUUUCUGCUUCGACAACGACAUCAACGUGGUGCGCGUUAAUGACAUCGAGCGCCUGGCCGACCUCGUGGGCGCAGACGAGACCGGCGAGCCCAAGGACGCACAUUGCAUUCUUGUCACGAGCCCCAGUGCAAACCCAUGGAAAGACCCUGCUCUAGACAAGCUGAGCCUGUUCUGUGAGGAGAGCCGCAGCGUGUAUGACUGGGUGCCCACCAUCACACUCCCAGAACGCUGAAGUGACAUUCCACUAACUUCACAUGAUGAAGAUGAUGAAAAGAAAGUCAAGGAGCUGAGCCUCAGUUAAGGGGGUGUCAAGCCUUUCUGCCUCAAAUGUCUGGAUUAAGAGGCUGUGGCUGUAAACUCCCCCCCUCCUGCAAGACCUUCCAGUGCAUUCUGGGUCAGCACGUUGGUUCUGGAUUACCCUGAGGAAGGGUUCAAGUUCAGAGGUCAAGUGUGGACUGGGGUCAGGUGGAUGUGGAGUGGACAGAGAGCCUGAUGGAGGAGGAUUUGGAAUGUACUGCAUAUAGUGCAUGAAUAGAUGUGGCGACCCAGUUGCUGCCCUAGAUAGAAGGCAAUGGGGAACUGAGCGGAGGAGGUCACAGAGACUUUACACGAAAUGGACUUAUGAAAGUGCAGAUUGACUCUCAUGAGAGGGGAACAAGGAAGAUGCUGGUCCGAAAGAGAGUGUUUGAAAAUGUCUGAAUGGACUUAACUUUUCUUUACCAGUGCAGCGAUCAGGAAGUUCUUGGAAUAAGCAGAGACUUUGCUCACAAUCCUGAUUUUUAAGUUGUGUCUGAACCUGUGACGGACUAUUAUUUUUACUCUCAAAUAUGCAGACAAAAAUGCAAUAUUGUUUGAAUUGUAAUUUUUAAUGUUUUGUAAAUAAACAUUUUGAAACUCA